AGGCGCAGAGGCGGCGUCGCGGGCGUUGGGCUCAUGCGGCGGGCGGCCUGUGUGGCCAUGGCGGCGUCGCGGUCGCUUCCCGCCUCGGUGCUGGGCACCAUGGAGAUGGGGCGGCGUCUGGACGGGCCGGCCAGCGCCCAGGCCGUGCGGGCCUUCCUGCGAAGGGGCCACGGGGAGCUGGACACCGCCUUCAUGUACGCCGACGGCCGGGCCGAGGACAUCGUGGGCGGCCUGGGGCUCGACCCGCAAGUGAAAAUCGCAACGAAGGCCAACCCUUGGGAGGGGAAAUCCCUGAAGGCCGAGAGCCUCCGCUCCCAGCUAGAGACGUCCCUGAAGCGGCUGCGGAGGGAGCGGGUGGACCUCUUCUACCUGCACGCCCCCGACCACGACACGCCCGUGGAAGAGACGCUGCGGGCCUGCCACCAGCUGCAUCAGGAGGGCAAGUUUGUGGAGCUCGGUCUGUCCAACUACGCAUCCUGGGAGGUGGCCGAGAUCUGCGCCCUCUGCCAGGGCAACAGCUGGGUCGUGCCCACGGUGUACCAGGGCAUGUACAACGCUACCACCCGGCAAGUGGAGACCGAACUGCUCCCCUGUCUGAGGCGCUUUGGAUUGCGGUUCUAUGCUUACAACCCGCUGGCCGGGGGCCUGCUGACCGGCAAGUACAAGUACGAAGACAAGGACGUCAGCCAGCCCCCCGGACGCUUCUUUGGAAAUAGCUGGGCCGAGAUCUACAGGAAGCGCUUCUGGAAGGAGCAUCACUUCGAAGCCAUCGCUCUAGUGGAGAGAGCCCUGAAGGCGACCUACGGGGCCGACGCCCCCGGCAUGACUUCUGCCGCUCUUCGCUGGUUGUACCACCAUUCUCGGCUCCAGGGUCCCCGCGGCGACGCCGUCGUCUUGGGCAUGUCCAGCGUGGCGCAGCUGCAGCAGAAUCUGACGGCCGCCGAGGAGAGCCCGCUGGAGCCGCCCGUGGUGGAGGCCUUCGACUGCGCCUGGCGGAUGGUGGCACACGACUGUCCCGACUAUUUCCGCUAGGGCCCGGCCCGGGGGGCGGGGGGCGGGGAAGGAGCUCCCCCGCCGGCAGCCAGGAUCCGCACCGAGAUCCACCCGUUUCCGUACCUCCUCUGUCCCCGUUCCCCUUCCCUCCACGCUAUUCGGAAAUAAACUCUUCCACCUUCACA